AUGUUGGCAAGAGCCCUAACCCUCUGCGCCCUGGCUCUUGGGACUGCCCGUGCGGCGUCGCGCACGACACCACCCCCAGGAGCCAAGAUCGUAGCCAAGUCCGGGGGCGACUACUCGUCUCUCCAACAAGCCAUCGACUCAAUCGACCCCACCUCAACCACCCCAACCACCAUCUUCAUCCAACCGGGCAACUACACCGGCCAAACGACCAUCGCCGCCGGAUACGCAGCCCGAAUCUCCAUCCAUGGCUACACCGCCGACGACCAGACAUUCGCCGCAAACCAAGUCACGCUCUCAGCCGGGGAAUCGUCCGCCUCGGCCGGCGGGAACGAGCAAAGCGGCACGCUGCGAAUCUGGGCCGACAACGUCUCCGUGUAUAACCUUGUGAUUGAAAAUACGGCGGGGGACGCGGGGCCCUCGCAUGCGGUUUCGAUCAACAGCGACGGCAUUGGCUUCUACGGGGUUGCGUUGACGGGGUGGCAGGAUACGCUGUACAACAGGAAUGGCCGGGCGGUGUUUAAGAACUCGUAUGUUGACGGGGCCGUCGAUUUUAUCUACGGCGGGGGGAGUCUGUGGUUCGACGGCAGCGAAAUCGCAUUCAAGCGCGCGGCCGGCGGAUACAUCACCGCGUCCGGAAGGACCACGAAUGACUCGGGCUGGUUCGUCAUCAACGAGUCCAAAGUCACCGCGGCAGCGGGGGUGAAUGUCCGUCCGGGGAGCGUCUUCUUGGGUCGCCCCUGGCGCGACCAUGCGCGGACGGUCUUCCAGAACUCGGAGCUGAGUGAGAUUGUGCAUCCGGAGGGGUGGAACCCCUGGGAUAAGGCGCCGAACUUUGGGAAUAUCUUCUAUGCAGAGUAUGGAAACUACGGACCUGGGGCUGAUACGGCGAAUCGCGUGGAUUGGAGCUAUCAGUUGGAGGAACCGAUCAGUAUUGAUGAGGCGGUGGCGGGGUGGGGGGAGUUUGUUGAUACCCAGUAUUGGAGCGGCGAUGAGUAG